AGACGUCACCGUCGAAUCCCACCACUAAACCCAACCAAAAGCUCCUCCGUGACACCGGCCAGCACCAGCAAGUGAGAGUCCUCACCUCACCUCACCCCACCCCACCCCACCCCACCGAACAAUGGCGGCGGCGGCGGCGGCGACUUCCACAGCCUCCGCGCCCUCCUCCUCCUUCCCCUCCACCUGCAGGGCUAGGGCCAGGGUCGGGGCCCGGCCAUCCCUCGUCUCUCUCCGCGUCAGAGCAGCGAAUCCCGCCACGGUCAACGUUACCACCGCCUCCGAUCCCGCCCCGGUCUUCCAGUCCGUCACGGCCUUCGCGCCAGCCACCGUCGCCAACCUCGGCCCGGGCUUCGACUUCCUCGGAUGCGCCGUCGCUGACGCCUCCCUCUCCCUGGGCGACACCGUCACCGCAACCCUCGACCCCACACUCCCGCCCGCCACCGUCUCCAUCGCCUCCGUCACAUCCCCGUCCCGCCCCCACCUCGCCGACCGCCUCUCCAAGGACCCGCUCCGCAACUGCGCGGGCGUCGCCGCCAUCGCCGCGCUCCGCGCCCUCGGCGUCCGCUCCCACGCCGUCUCCAUCCACCUUACCAAGGGCCUGCCGCUCGGCUCGGGGCUCGGCUCUUCCGCGGCCUCCGCCGCCGCCGCCGCCAAGGCCGUCGACGCCCUCUUCGGCUCGCGCCUCGCCCGCGACGACCUCGUCCUCGCGGGGCUCGAGUCCGAGAAGGCCGUCAGCGGCUUCCACGCCGACAACAUCGCCCCCGCCAUCCUCGGCGGCUUCGUCCUCGUCCGCAGCUACGACCCCUUCCACCUCGUCCCGCUCUGCUCCCCGCCCGCGCUCCGCCUCCACUUCGUCCUCGUCACCCCCGACUUCGAGGCUCCCACGAGCAAGAUGCGCGCCGCGCUGCCCAAACAGGUCGACGUCCACCAGCACGUGCGCAACUCCAGCCAGGCAGCGGCGCUCGUGGCGGCGGUGCUGCAAGGGGAUGCGGGCCUCAUCGGCUCCGCGAUGUCGUCCGACAGCAUCGUCGAGCCCACCAGGGCACCCCUCAUACCUGGCAUGGCGGCCGUCAAGGCGGCGGCCCUGCAAGCUGGAGCGCUGGGCUGCACAAUUAGCGGCGCGGGCCCCACAGCGGUGGCCGUCAUCGAAGGGGAGGAAAAGGGGGAGGAGGUUGCCCGCAGGAUGGUGGACGCCUUCUGGAGCGCAGGCAAACUCAAGGCGACUGCAACCGUCGCUCAGCUCGAUACCCUUGGUGCCAGGGUCAUCGCCACAUCAUCCUUGGACUAGCCAAAGAUUACGGAGGCCUCCACUUGGGAACUGGUGCUGUAAUUCUAUCUAGGAAUACCUGUUAGCCCAAGGAAGAGUAUGCUGGGUGGGAAGGGAACCCAUGGAUUGUAUGUCUUUCGCGCAUCUUCUUGUAUCACUAAGUACUUUAGGUGGUCGGUUUAUGUGGGUUCUGAGGUAGCAAAAAUGAAACCAUUAAUUGAUUGUCUUGGCUUUGCAAUAAGUUAGUGAUAGGGACAUGGCCUCCAUCGGCAGGAGAUGUCGAAACGCUCAUUUUGGCAGAAUAAUCCGUGGGCUGUAAUUUCAAUUUGGGCUGGUUUCCGCAUCACGCCAUGAUCAUGAAUAAGGAAAUUAUUAAUCUAAGAGCUGUUUGAUAUGAGGUUCUUUA